CAUAUUAUUCAACAUGGCGGAAACAGAGGAGCCCUCAGCGGACAUUACAGAAGUUGGCUCGCAACUUGAAGAAAAUCCAGCGAUCCAGGAUGAAGAUCAGCGAACGAGAAUGACACAGUUUCCUCAGACUAGAAUUCGCAACAUGAUGAAGAUCGACCCAGACCUUCAUUUGGCCAACAGAGAGUCUGUAUUUCUUCUUACGAGAGCCGCCGAACUGUUUGUUGAUCAUGUUGCCAAAGAAGCAUACAAAAGAACAAUUAUGGGAAAGAGAAAAACAAUACAGAAAAAGGACCUAGAUACUGUGGUUGAUGAAAAUGAAGAAAUGGCAUUUCUUGAGGGUACCUUGGACUAAUCUUUGUGACUGAUCUUGCAAAUCAGCUGUUACUGAACACUGAAUAUCAGGUAGCAGUUAAGUUUAAAAAAAAAAAUAAAAAAAAAAGGAUCAUGCAGCAGUUUUGUGAUUACUUUGUCAACCUGAGAAUGAAGAAAUGGAGGGAGAUGCUUUACCUUCUGUAGUAUGGCUUAGGGCUCCAAAGUGUAACCUUUUCUUUUAAUCAACAUUCAUUCUUAUGAAAACUUAACUGCUGUGUUUGUAUCAACUGGCAAGACUAGCUAACAGAGUUUGGACUACCAGUAGUCUGAGACCUUUGGAAAGUUGAUGGCUCAUGCCAAACAAUUUUCAUGAAAAAAUUGUAUCUUGUGCGACUGUUGCAGUUCAACAGUCAUACGAAAUGCCUGGCUCUUAUUACAGUCAGUAAUUGACCAGCAACUCUUAGUUCUGGUGAGACACUGUGUAUGCUAGUGAAAACUUGAAUUUUCUUUCAUUGAUAAAAAGCAAUCAAUGCAUACCUAGUACCAUAUUGUUCAGACAUACUGAGUUUUCUUAUAAAAUUUUGUAAAUAAUGUAAUUUUGAUGUUUGCCAUGACAUGAAAAUGUAAUAAAGAAGUACAUUUUGUGCUUUUCUCCUAC